CAAUGAAAACGCUCGAGGCGCGGAAUUAGGUCGGGUGAUUGUAAGCCAUGGGAAACUCAAUGCACAAGGACAAGCUCGCCCUAUCCUUUGGAGGUCCAGGCGUCCCUGAAACAGACAUGUCCAAGGUUGAUGGCGCAGUGCGGGAGCUCUAUGUCAAUGCCACUCGCCUGGUUGAAGAAAAUAAGCACACAUUGAGCAAGAUUGAAGACUACAAAGGAUGUCAGGAGCAUAUUCGCAAGAGCAUGUCGUCGCCCACAAACGAAUCGUACAGGCGAGACAGUUUGAGCCACUUGAUCCCAAACGUUGAGCUCAUCCAGGACUUUUACAACGCCGCGCACAACCAAGGCGUGGUGUUCCAUGAGCUCGUAUCCAUGCUGGCAGGACGUGGCUCACAAGCCCACCCUGCGCUGUAUAAGCGACUGGCCGACGUGCUGGUGUUUUGCCUCACGUUCGACACCCUCAAAGCCACGAAUCCGAGCAUCCAGAACGACCUGAGCCACUACCGCCGGUACAUUGCCGCCAACAAGGACAACCAGUCCGACCUUGUUCCAGAGACCAUGGCCAACAGCCUGUCGUUCUUUGUCGCAGAUCACAUGCCCAUGCUCAAAGCCAUCAUCCACACCCUUCACGACGACAACAAUCCCCACACCCGACGGAGUGUGGCUCAACUGGCCAACUUGACCUGCACCUACGUCGUCUCCCAUAGGUACUAACUAGUACCUACUUACGUGCAGACCAUAGAUAGGUUGGACGCGGCCACGGAACUCUACUGCUUGCGCGCCAUGACGGCCGCCAUCUUGGUAUACGACCACACGAGUGAAAAGGGCGCCUUCCGCACCAAGUCCACCGUCAAAGUAACUAGACAUUUUCAACUGCAUUAUAUCAAGAACUCGUUGGAAUAGAUCAAGCAAUGCGUCCAGGCGUUGCAAGCCGCCAAGAAGGACAACGCGGCGGUGGCGCCGCUGCAAGACUGCCUCCAGUACCUGAGCAGGCACUUCAACGACACGCAAACCCCCCAUCGGAUUCGAAGCAUGUUUGAAUAAACAGAAACCCGUCAGUCAGCACAUGGGGCUGCUCACGGCAUCAUCACAUCCAUCCGACGGACUUCGACUUCGUUUGCGGCUGCUGGGUUGGAUCCCGUGCUCGGUGACUAUAGUUGGUAUCGAUGAGACCAUCUUUUGUCAGGAACGAAUGAUGAAUACCUUCAAAGU